AUGAAAGGAAAGGUUGGUAUCAUGGCCAUAAAACACGGAAACCAAAUAGUUUAGGUAAAAUGUGCAAAUUUCUUGUGCCUCGGUCAUUUUAUAAAAUCAGACUUCUUUGUCGAUAAAAGAAAUUGGUUUGAAGCGACGAGAUCAUUGCAACUUCGUGACGUUGCCAUCGGUGCAGCUGUUGAAAAUUCAAUUGUGCACAUAACAAGACUGAGUGAAACUCAUUUCUACUCGCUAAUCUUGUAAAUUGAUUUUCAGGGUAAAGGCAAAGGAAAAGGAAAAGGGAAAGGGAAGGCUUCUGCUGAAACAGAUAAUCAGAGCUCAAAAAAGGAUUUUAAUGGUACAGCGAAUGAAACAGUCACCAAACUGCGGUGUCUUGAUGUUUUUGCCGGCUGCGGCGGUGAGUGAAAAUUUUGCGAAAGAGUUACUGUCUGUAGGCGUAUUGCCAAAUGGUUUAUUGUCGGCAUCUGUAUUUGUCCCAGGUCUGUCAGAGGGUCUUCAUGAAGCAGGCGUGGCUGAGUCCUGUUGGGCCAUUGAGAAGGAGGAGCCUGCAGCAAGUGCCUUCAGUUUGAACAAUCCCGGAUGUACUGUGUUCACUGACGACUGUAACUCUCUGUUGAAGCUUGUGAUGGAUGUAAGCCAAGUCAUGUGAUCAUCUGGUUUACUGUUGUUUCGAUACAAAGUCGUUUCGAUGCAGGUCUAUUAGAUGCAUCGGCAAAGUAGAAAAACGUUGAAAAGUCGUGUCGGUACGACUUCAGUUUGUAUCGAAACGACUUUGUAUGGAAACGACCAGACUCUGAUCAUCUAUUGAUCGCAAUUGAACGCUUUGUUGUUGAUGAGAGAUGUAUUUAUUUUGAAUGAAGCACAAGUGCCAAAGCUAUUUGCUAGAGUUUCAAUUUUAUUGCCUUUGCAUUCUCAGGGUGAAAAGAAGAAUCCAAAAGGACAGACACUACCCCAGAAGGGAGAUGUAGAGCUGUUGUGCGGCGGCCCCCCCUGCCAAGGAUUCAGUGGAAUGAACCGUUUCAGUUCAAGAGACUACUCCAAAUUUAAGGUGAACAACAAAUCUAAUUCAAAUACAUACAGUCAUCUAGUAUCAACGAGAGUUCGCUGACCAUUUACGCGCCGUCCGGAAAGUAUCACUGUUGUCAUGGUGCAUGAGGGAAACAGAAAAAAAUCUUAUUGUAUACAUGUUACGUUACACUUGUUGGUCUGGUUGCUCUUUCAAUCCCACGUUUAAUUGUUUCUUUUUGUAGAAUUCUCUGGUGGCAUCUUACCUCAGUUACUGUGAUUACUAUCGGCCGAAGUUUUUCAUUUUGGAAAAUGUUCGCAACUUUGUGUCAUUCAAGCGAAGCAUGGUGCUGAAAUUAACUCUACGAUGCCUUCUUAAGAUGGGAUAUCAGGUUAGUUGGUUACCAGGUUACCACGGAUUUUUAUAAAUCUCCCCCCUUGAUUAAUAUUGUUAGUUUUAUGCCCCGUCUGGUCAUCGCACUGUUCGACUGGAAAAGAACUGCUUAGUUUACUCAGUUAAUAAGUUUCUUCUUCCGGUGAAAAAGCAACUAUUAGGUCAUAUUUUUCAAUCCUGUUUAUAAUGAGACCUUUUCUCUGAAUCCCUGUUUUUUCUGCAUGUGACUGGUUACGCACAUUUACCUGUUCCUUUGGCAAUAGAGUGUAUUUCAUUUAAAUUUUCCUUGACUCGCUCUACAAUUUAUCUUGGAUGAAAUUACAGAGAGUUUUCACUGAAAUAUACUCUAGGGUGUUCUACCAUUUCCUUAGUGAUUUUCACGCCAUCCUCACAAGCCUAAACGCGCAAACAAAAAUCGGAUUAAUAUCAGUAUCUGGGAAACUGCCCACCUACCCCUCCCCUAACCCAACAUUAACCUUAAGUUGUUGUCAAUUGACUGUUGUUGAGUUAGGGGAGGGGUAGGUGGGCAGUUGCCCAGAUACUGAUAUUGAUCCCGAAAAUCGAUGGCGACUUUCCCAAGCGAAUUUUCCAGUUCAGUUCGCCUGAUAACCCAUUCACACCAGCUAAACAUAUUGAGUCAAACCGGGUUUAAUGUCAUCGAGACACAAAGAAAUGAAUCUUCUAUGGAAUACAUUGAUUCAUUCACGCCGGUUAUCGCUAACUUGUAUUUUCAAUGUCACGGUGCUACAUUUAAAGUCGACAAGCAUCGGUUUAGGCAGCUUCUAUAAAGAAAUAUUGUAAACUGUGUUUAACGAAACAUUUUUAAGCUUUGGUAUGAAUAGGACGUGAGUUUUAUUUGGCUCGGUUGUGGUUACUUUGGCUCUGUUAAGGGGUGUUACCAUGGUCAAUUGACACCGUUACUUUCUUGUUUACUUUCUGUGCAGUGUACAUUUGGUGUCCUACAGGCUGGUUGUUAUGGCGUUCCACAGACUAGGCGGAGGUGAACUAAGACUUUUCAUUUUUUAUCAAAAUCAUUUUUCAUUCUCUACGUUUUGGGUUGUUUCUAUUCUUGGUGAAAUGUUACACCAUUGCCAGCUUAAUUAAAUGAUGAAGAGAUGUUCUCAAUCAACACAUCAAUCCAUUGGUGGAACGUCGUGAAUGGUAACGUGUUAAACUUAAACGUUGUUGUUGUUGAUUAUGAAGUUUGUACGUCUGUGUAUUUGCUAGCGUGAAUUAGAGGGUGUGUUUUAAACUUGCUUUUAUGUAAUAUUUCAGGGCCAUUAUUAUGGCAGCUGCUCCAGGUGAAGUGUUACCGCUGUACCCUGAGCCGACACACUGCUUUUCUCCUCGGGCCAUUCAACUCACGGUCAUGGUGGACGAUAAGAAAGUAAUUACAUCUUGCACUGAUUAAUUUUUAUGUGACAAAAUACAGUGCACUGUGCCUCCCUAACCUCCAGCGCCUUUGUCUCUUUUUUCCAGUUCCAAUCGAACAUUACUCGGCUAUCGUCGGCUCCCUACCGAACAAUCACUGUACGGGACGCCAUGUCAGAUCUUCCGGAGAUAAGGAAUGGCGCGUCUAAUGAUGAGAUCUCUUACAAUGGCGAUUCGAUUUCUCAUUUUCAAAGACAAGUAAGAGUUUUGACACUUUCUCCUCUAUGUUGUAUGCAUUUCACACCUACACUUUUUUAGUUGUAUUGAGUUUAAUAAAGGAAAGUUUUCAACAAGUGUGGAAAAUUGAAACAUGAUUAAUUCAUGAAGAUAGAGCAAGUUUUCAACCAGUCACAGACCAACCUGAACAGUAAGUCCAGAUCUUGAUUUAAGGCAGUUUAAUUUUUUUUAAAUAUAUGAAUUUCUCUCUUACUUUCUUAGUUUGUAUUACCUAAAGAAAAUAAAACUUAUUAUUCCAAGGCUUCUCAAUGAGAAUAAUUUACAUGGCAACAGAGGACUCUGUCCAAACGAAGGAAAUCGUACAGAGAUUUCCCUAUGCAUGAUGAGGCAUGCAAUACUGUUACACCCACAUUUGAGAAUUGUGUGCAACAUUCGUUUAUUACUUCUCAGAUGCGCGGCCGUCAAGAUCAGCCAGUUCUUCGAGAUCACAUUUGUAAGGAAAUGAAUCCUCUCGUUGCUGCACGCAUGCGUCACAUUCCUACUGCCCCAGGAUCAGACUGGAGAGAUUUGCCGAAUAAUAUCGUCCGUCUGUCCGACGGUACUUACACCAGCAAACUGUGAGUUAUGGGUUCGAUUGUUUUUUUAUGGUCUUUCUUCAAUCUUUCCACUGGAUUGCAAAAACUUUGACAAUUGAAAGUAUGAACGAUGAGCACUAGGACCUGGUUGCUUUUUUUGCCAGUAUUUGUUUAUUUACAGAAACACAUAUUUACUUUUCCCAUUCUUUAUGGCAAAUCUUUUUCAUGAUAAUUCUUUCCUUUUGGGAAAGCUUGGAUAGUUUUCACCAUUCAUCGCACACGACCAAAAAGAGGUCAUCAUUGAGGUUAUGUAAACUCAUAAUGCCGUUGGGUCUCGUCGUUUAUGGUCAACACUUCUUUUUUUUGCAAACACCUGCAUAUGCUCUCUGACUAUUAAGUUGAGUCGAGAGGAUAUUCUUUUGGUUGAAUAAGACUAUCACAAUACCUCGCUCUCUGCUAGGUAUCAGUCGUAGGUUUCUCUGUUAAUUCAAAGCGACUUAGAUUACCAGAAUGACGACUUAAGCGGUCUGGAGGGUGCCCAUUGUCUGCCGUUUUAAAUUUUUCUUCCUGUCUACUUUUUAAAUCUUGAAAUCCUGUGACGGAACAGGCUGUCUGUACCAACAUGAAGCUGUUCCACCAAAUUCCUAGCCUGCUUUGAGGGUAGAACAAGUUCUUCCCAUUCUAAUAUGUGUGGUAUCACUCGUUGCAGAGCUUAUACGCACGAUGACAAGAAAAACGGUCGGUCAUCUAACGACGAAUUGCGAGGAGUUUGUUCGUGCGCAGAGCGCAAGCCAUGUGACCCGGCUGACCGUCAGGUCAACACUCUUAUACCAUGGUGUCUUCCACAUACGGGAAACCGCCAUAAUCACUGGGCGGGGCUGUACGGUAGACUGGAGUGGGACGGGUACUUCAGUACAACCAUCACGAAUCCUGAGCCCAUGGGAAAGCAGGUCGGCAGGUGCAUUUACGAUACAAUCAGAACAGAGAAAUUCCUUAGAGUACUUAUGACCACUUUUCUGUUUGCGUUGUAAAUUUGGAAUGUCCGAUCUUCUUUCUUUCUUCUGAUUAGGGCCGAGUCCUUCAUCCACAGCAACACAGAGUUGUCAGUGUGAGAGAAUGUGCUAGGUCCCAGGGAUUCCCCGACGCUUAUCGAUUCUAUGGAAGCAUCAUCGACAAACAUCGACAGGUGAGUGGUAAAACAGAACAUGUAAAAUCCGAAGGCGUCUAACAGUUUAGAAUAAAACGUGAAAAGAUAAGAAGUGAAUGAUUGUUUAACCACAUUUUGGUUUAUUUAUUUUGGCAUCAUAUAUAGAAUUUCUGAAAGCGUAGAACAGAUAAAGAAAAACGAUAGAUUUCGAACGCAGUCGCGGAAUGAAGUGAGAUGUUUAUUCUAUCGGAUGAACUAAGAAUAAGUUCUUAUCUCAUUUACUGAUUUACUUUAAUGUACCGGCCUAAUUGACCUUAACCUAAGUUGUACCAUUGUUUAGAUCCGCCGAGGAGAUUUGUAAAAACCUUUCUUAAAGCGAAAAAAAUCAUUUGGCCUCACAAUACCCUGCCUCGCCUCUUUCAAUCUCCAGAGGGCAUACAAGGGAAUUAUUCCUUCUCGGUAGAUAAAAGACACGUUUUUUGGGUUUCUUCAAAGACAAUAUCCGUCAAGGCAAACGAGUUUAGUUGUAGUCUCAUUAUAAGGGAUUUCCGGAUAAAUGAUUACGGCCGUGCGUUUGUCAUCAAGAUUGUGGUGUAUGAAAAUCAAGCUAGGUCACAGGAAGUAGCGUAUCUUAGAAAUUACCCAGUUUGGCGGCGAACCAAAAUAAGCCUUAAACUCUUCAGGAGAAAACCGAGGUUUCUGUUGUUUCUAUUAUCACACCCGCGAACAUACUUGCUUUGCAACUCUUAAGUUACGUAUUUUUGUUUUUUUUAAGCGUUAAUUCUUAAAAGUAGCUUUGCUGGCUUAAUUCACGAAAGGGGAAAUCGUGAGUCACAGUAAAUUGGAUGACCCAACUAACAAAGUAUUUAAACGAAUUUCCUGUUAGUCCGAGGCAAAAUAAAAAUAACCUCCUUGAAUCAAUCCAAGCGAUGGAAAAACUUCACAAGAUGACUUAAAUUAUACUAAUAGGUAUAAAAAAAAUCUGAAGCUUCUUUCGAGAGAAUGAAAACAUCAAAUAUUUUAGACGAUUUAGGGUCACAGAAACGAACGUGACAGCAAAGCUUCCCUCAGGGGAUGGCGUCCGUAAAUAUGGAAUCCACGUCAUUCUGGUGGGCGCUCCCUAGUGGUUUUUUCUUGGGUGAUAUAAACACGCAGUCUGUCAAUUAUUCCUUGUUAUUAAUUGAAAACGCUGUUGCGUCAUUUGUGCGCUUCCAAACGUUCUUAUAUUGGCUAUUAGAACCCUGAAAACCGUGGUUUAUCUAUAGACGGCAUGUUUAUUUAUUUAUUUAUUUUAAUUCUGACUGUACCAAAUGCGUUUCUAUGCGUAGCAGAUAGCCCACUUUUUGAGGACUUAAUCUCACGUAGUCAGCUUGACCACAUGUCAUGCACUAAUAUUGUUGAUCCUCUCCCCGUUAGGUCGGAAAUGCGGUGCCACCGCCCCUAGCGGCCGCUAUUGGCCGUGAAAUAAGAAAAUGUUUAACUCCUGAAUCCAAGUCCAAAUCGCCUGAGUAAAGACCACGCAGUGCACGCUGGCCGUGUAUACCUUUUUUUUUUCGAUCCUUGCCGCGUCAAGACGUCACAUAGGAUUUGUGCAAACAGUAUUUGCACUCUAUACACUCAAAUCUUUCUCGAAUAUAUAUACAUGUACACAUAUAAAUCAGCGUUUCACUCGUAUGCCUUGGGAUUAACACAACCACCGGUUGAUUCGGAAGCCACGUGUUUUUGAGAGCUAUACCGAGCCUACUAAGUAUUUAUUUCACGAUAUAUCACACUCUGCCCCAGUUCUGGCAGCGGAUAGUUUGGCCCAUUUCGUAACAAGUCAUUCAAAC